AGCUGAGGAGGCGGGGCCGGGCGAGGCGGUAGAGCGGGCCCGGGGUGCGGUGUCGCCCCCCCGCAUGUAAAUGAGGGCGGGAGGCGCCCGGCGGGCCACCGGGAGCCCCGGGCGGAGCGGCGUUGUGGGCUGAGCGCGCCGCCGGCAGCAGCGCGCGGGAGCCGCUGGAGUGCGGCCGGGACUGGGACUGGGAGCGGGAGCGGGGCCGCCGCGCCGCCACGUGCUGCCCGCGCCAUGGAGCUGGAGGAGCUGGGCAUCCGGGAGGAGUGCGGCGUGUUCGGCUGCAUCGCCUCCGGCGCGUGGCCCACGGAGCUGGACGUGCCCCAUGUGAUCACGCUGGGGCUGGUGGGGCUGCAGCACAGGGGCCAGGAGAGCGCUGGAAUUGUGACGAGUGAUGGCGAGUCAUCCCAGGCAUUCAAAGUGCACAAGGGAAUGGGUCUUAUAAAUCACGUCUUCAAUGCAGACAGCCUGAAGAAGCUGUACCCUUCAAAUCUUGGUAUUGGGCACACAAGGUACUCCACCUCAGGAAUUUCUGAGCUGCAGAACUGCCAGCCUUUUGUUGUAGAGACUCUUCAUGGAAAGAUUGCUGUGGCACACAAUGGGGAGCUAACAAAUGCUGCACAACUCAGGCGGAAGCUUAUGAGGCAUGGUGUGGGACUGUCGACCAGUUCUGACAGUGAACUGAUCACCCAGCUGCUGGCUUUCACACCUCCACUGGAAAACGAUGAUACGGCUGACUGGGUGGCAAGAAUAAAAAACUUAAUGAAGGAAACUCCAACUUCAUAUUCAUUGCUAAUUAUGCAUAAAGACAUAAUCUAUGCAGUACGUGAUCCAUAUGGGAAUCGCCCGCUCUGCAUUGGUCGCCUUAUUCCAGUAGGGGACAUGAAUGGAAAAGGAAAAGAUAACACUGAAACAGAAGGAUGGGUUGUCUCUUCUGAAUCCUGUAGCUUUUUGUCCAUCGGUGCAGAGUACUAUCGGGAGGUCCUUCCUGGAGAGAUUGUGAAAAUAUCCAGACAUGAUGUCCAGACACUGGAUGUUGUACGAAGACCUGAAGGAGAUCCAUCAGCAUUCUGCAUCUUUGAAUAUGUUUAUUUUGCAAGACCAGACAGUAUUUUUGAAGGUCAGAUGGUGUAUUCAGUCCGCAGAAGAUGUGGGCAGCAGCUUGCUAUUGAAGCACCUGUGAAAGCAGACCUGGUCAGCACUGUUCCAGAGUCUGCAACCCCAGCAGCUCUUGGUUAUGCUCAAAAGUGUGGACUACCAUACGUUGAAGUACUUUGUAAAAAUCGAUAUGUAGGGAGAACAUUUAUCCAGCCAAAUAUGAGGUUACGGCAACUUGGUGUUGCAAAGAAGUUUGGCGUUCUGUCUGAUAAUUUUAAAGGCAAACGAGUUGUUAUCAUUGAUGACUCAAUUGUGAGAGGCAAUACCAUUUCACCCAUAAUAAAACUACUGAGAGAAUCAGGAGCCAAAGAGGUGCACAUUCGUGUAGCUUCCCCUCCCAUAAGAUUUCCCUGUUACAUGGGAAUAAACAUUCCAACAAAAGAAGAACUCAUUGCCAACAGACCUGAAUUUCAUGAUCUUGCAAACUAUAUAGGAGCAGACAGUGUUGUCUAUCUUUCUGUGGAAGGGUUGGUAUCGUCUGUGCAAGAAAGCAUCAAAGCAAGACAGGACAACAAUCCUAAAACCCAAAAGUCAUUUAUUGGAAAGCUUGGUCAUUGCACAGCGUGUCUCACUGGAGACUAUCCUGUUGAGCUAGAAUGGUGAACUUUUAAUGAACGGACAUCAGUUCAUAUGUUGUUCAAUGUACCUUUUUCAAUGAUGCCUUCUUGCUAAAUAGCCUUCUUGCAUGUAGGUAAAACAGAAGCCUUACGACAGCUAACUAAUUACUGUUACUAAAACACAUCUUUAAGUAAAGACUUACAGAAAGUCUGAUGUGCUGAUGAAAACAAUGUUAGCAGAUUAAAAUACAAAAUCAUAUAGUUUUGAUGCACAGUUGUGCCUUCUAUUUUAUCACAAAAUGCUAUAAAAACCAAAGUUUUUUUUAAUUACGUAGAAGUCCCAGAGUUUGUUGUUUCAGUCUUUCCCCGAAAGCUUCCCCAUUAGACUUGUUCACAAAGCACAGAUUGUGUGAUGAUGUAAUUUCAAAUUAUCCAAUGCAAAAAUAUCUGAAGUUUGCUUUUCUCCUUAGGAAAAAUACCAGAUUUUGAAGAGUGAAAUUGCUUCCUCAGCAGUUCUUGCUUAGGUUUUUAAAGAAUAGAAGUAUCUAACUUUUGCAUACAAACAGCCUUUAUUAAUUGAGGCCUUUGUAACAGAUUCUAUGCACAUGAUGUCUAACAUGAUUUUUAAAAAUGAAGACUCAGGGAAAUGCUCAGCCAAAAGCUCUCUAGUUUUGUAACUUUAAAAUUAGGUUUUAGAAGUCGUGUAAUUACAUUAUCUCUGUGUGCUUCUAUCAGUUGCCAAUACAACGCGGAAGGAGAAAAAUAUACUUGGCACUGCCAUUCUUUUUUCUGUUUUACACCUUGUUUUCUCUGGAACAAGUCUGACAAUUUCCGAAGUGUACUUUUCAUGUGCCAACAUCCAAAGUAAACUAAAAAAAAACAACUUUCCAUUCUUAACAGUAAAAAUGAUAAAUGAAGAUCAUGAGUUGUUUUGGAUAUAGUCUUAUUUUACUACAUUACUGCUGUUAGAAUAAAUGUAAUGUUUAAAAAAACUCAAGUGUUCUGAAGAACAAUUAGCUGUUAAAUGCAUUGGGUUCAGUUGGUCACAAUUACACAGUUACUGGUAUACAGGAAGAUCACUUGGUCAAUGAACCACUAGCUGAAAAUGGAAAAGCACCUUUUCAAAACUACUGCAAAUUUACGCACAAUUUAAAAAAUAUUUUGUAUACCUCAGUCUUUCUCACUGAAUACCAGCAACUUAAUUUUAGAUUUUCUAUUUAAUAUUGUGUAUUUUGGCCUUAUAAUUGUUUGUGACGCUGUUAAAAAAAAUAAAUAGAAAAGUUUAAGAGCUUCUUCCUUCCCCUUCAUCUUCCAUAGAGUUGAGAAUUACAGGACUGCUAAUUAAAUUCAAAAGGGAGUUUUCUUAUGUGGGAUUUGUAGCAAUUGUGCCUGAUUGACAAUCACAACACAAAGUCCUAGUUCAAGAAAGCAUGUAAAUACACGUGCUUUAAUGAAGUCAAGACUGUGACUUGUGCAGUGGAAUCAGAACCUACUUGUAGCCAAACCUAUGGGAGAACCAAGAUUUGGUGAGCAUUGGGCUCUUGCUGUGCUUCUUCACCAUUGCCCAGAUCUGCACAUUGGGGAUGUAUGUAGAUCUCUUCUAUUAGCAAGUUUGGUUUUUUAACAGAACCAUAACAGUUUGUCUGGACAGUAAAUUGAACAAAACCAGAACAGGGUGGACACUGACCACCCCCUCUUCCAGGUUAACCAGGAAGGAGUAUGAAGAAACAGAAAAACUGCUGUGAACAUUUUUCACUGUUCUUCUUUCCCACCCUCAAAAGAAAAUCAUUUUUAGAAGGGCUAAGUUGAGCUCUUAGAUUACAAAUACGUGUGAGGAGCCCUUUAUAUGUGAGAUAAACAUUUAGAUGCACAGUGUAACAAGUCUAUCUGUCUAUAGUCAUCCACAAGACAGACUGGAAAUGAAACUUGUGGAAAUUCUGUUUUAAUGUGCUUUUAACAAAACGUGCUUUUAACAAAAUUUUUGAAGUCCAGUAAUAACUACUUUAAUGUGAUUUGAGCAUUGGGUGGCAUAAUUCUAAUUUAAAAAAAAAAAUAGUCCCAUUGCCUUUUCCCCUCUCCACAUUAUGCAAAGGAAUUGUCUGCUACUGUGAGCACUGUAAAUUUUGGAUGCACUGCAAUAGUGAAUCUUUAUUAUGUACUUUUCAAAAUCUUAAGUUAAGGAGGAGAAUACUUUUCAAGUGUCAUUUUAUUCGGACAUCUGGAUUUAUGCUCCAGGUUACUAGACCCCUUUUUAUCACAUACAGCCAACACACACAUCAGUAAGUGUGGUGAAGGAGAAAACUCUGGCUUUAGGUGUCGCUAUUUGCAUUAAUGUUUUACUGUGAAACCGUUUCUGCUGUAUUACCCAUGUGCAACUGUGCCAAACUAUCACUUACAGAAUGUGAUGAACAGUAGAAAGCUAAUGUCUAACUUCUCCCAUGCAAACAUUAAAAAUGGUUGUGAACUGGU